AUGGGUGGCUUAAUACCUCUGCUUCUUCACCCCGUUGCCGCCGGUUCUCGCGGCAGCAUCGUCUUCCCUACCAGCAAGGCCGCACCAUCAAACGCUCCUACGCCGCAGUCAACAGUAGCGACGGCGACGACGACGACGACGACGACGAAUCUGCCAUCCCCCAGAGCGCGUACGUCUAGGCGGUCGUCAAUGCAGACGCCGGCCUCUCUGCCAGUCCUGCCUUACACAUCUGCAGAAUGGAUCAAGGCUGUCUCUGAAGUUAAGCGUCAAUAUCUAAACCGCAAGUACCGGCCAUGCUCUCUGAGGUGUUGCGAAAUCUUGGACAACAUAAAAGAAGAUGCGAACAUUGAGCCGGCGUACCUGAUAUACCUGCAUUUCUACGCUGCCAGCUCUUUUGACAUGCUUUCACGACCCUUGCAGGGCAAUUCUCCGUACCGAACAAUGCUCCUUCAGCAGGCACGAAAUCACUACUUGCAGGCUUCGGAUCUAAGCAAGACAGCAGACGAGAAUAUGGCUCGCUCGUCACGGUCAUCCUCAGCAGCAACCUCGAGCCUGCACUCUCCUUCAAGCUCCACCUCCUCUCGCGCUUCAUCCCGAACUUGGACGAAUUCAACGGCCUUUUCGUCGCCGACACCGUCUAUCUGUUCCGUCGAGGAUGCCGUGACCAAACUGUCCGUCAGCCACAAAAAGCGCGUCACCUUCUGCGACAUUCCCGAGGAGCCAUUCAUCCGCCCCGACUCCCCCACUCUUGGGUUCGAAGACUACCUAUGCUCCCCGCGAGAGCCCGAGCCACGCUAUCUCCCGGUCCUCCCCGAGGAGCCAGAACCUGUUGACGAGCCCGAGGAGAUGAUGAAGCCACCGACACCCGAGCCUCUGAAUGAGGACUGCGAUGCCUUUGACUUCCUGCAGGAGCGCUCUGUCCAUCGUUACUGUGGUCUGCUCUCCAGCCUCCGAUCGCAGAUCGGAGUCCACAUCGCCGACGUCGAAGAGCGGCUUGUUGCGCCUCCCCACGAUACCACCGACGCCAGCUUGCUUCCCGCCAGAGCCGCGACCCCGGAGCUCAGCGAUGAGCUACGCAGUCUCGAUAUUAAGGCUCGCAUCGAGCGUCUCCGCCAGAAUAACUGGCAGCGUCGCCGCUUCGACGUCAGCCGCUACGAGGCGCUCCGCGAGAGUGUCCUCGCCGAAUUAUAA